AUGGCAACACCUUUACCAUAUUUUGAUGGAGUUGCCUAUACGGUUCAGCUUGAAGGAACUAAGGUUUCUACUUUCUACUAUAGUCCUUCCGUCACCAAGUCAGUAGAACCGGACCAUACCGGGGACAGUCAGACAAUGGUGAACUCAGCUACACACUUUAGUUUCUUGCUCGGGCAGGUUUACACUGCACUGAAAAGCGAAUUCGUGAAGCAAACAAAGGGAAUUCUAAGGGCAUUGAAUAACCCAAAUUUUGUGUUUGAAAGGACAAUGGAUUUGUGCUAUAGAGUAGAGCAGAACAGAACAGUUUUGCCACCAUUGCGGACUGUGAAUUUGUUGUUUAGAGGAGUGGAAAUGAGUGUAUAUGAAGAGAGAUUAUUGUACAGAUUUGAAGGUGCCAAUAGGGGAAGUGAUGGAAUAAAAUUUGAUAUUGCAAAACCCAGAGUGGUAUUGGCCAAGUUCAAGUGUGAUUUAGCUAGUCAAUGA